UUCCCCGGAGCGCUAAGAGCGCGCUAGCUCACUCGGAAUCUCUAUAAAAGGCGAUGACCCUGGCUGAGCUUGUAGCCAUAAACUCAUACACACCACUGAACCACCUGCGAGAGGUUUCAGAGUUUCAGAGAUAAGAUGGCGCUGCAUCUUCUUCUGCUGCUUGCCUUCUCCCUGCUCUUCGCAGUGGCGACCCCUAUCAGGGACAUCACCGAUGAUGUGUGCUCGUCGCAGAUCAAGGAUUUCCAGCACCUGAACAGCACGGGCCUGCACCUGGAGCUGCACCACCCGCGGAGCCCCUGCUCGCCGGUGCCGGUCCCGGCCGACCUCCCGUUCUCGGCGGUGCUCACCCACGACGAUGCGCGCAUCGCGUCGCUGGCCGCGCGCCUCGCCAAGACGCCCUCGGCGCGCCCCACCUCCCUCGAAGACGACGCCGCCGCCGCCGCCGGCCUCGCCGGAUCCCUCGCGUCCGUGCCGCUCAGCCCGGGCGCGUCGGUGGGCGUGGGCAACUACGUGACCCGCAUGGGCCUCGGCACGCCGGCGACGCAGUACGUGAUGGUCGUCGACACGGGGUCCUCGCUCACCUGGCUGCAGUGCUCCCCGUGCCUCGUGUCGUGCCACCGGCAGUCCGGCCCGGUGUUCAACCCCAAGGCGUCGAGCACCUACGCCUCCGUGUCGUGCUCCGCGCAGCAGUGCGACGACCUCUCCUCCGCCACGCUCAACCCCUCCGCCUGCUCCUCCUCCAACGUCUGCAUCUACCAGGCCAGCUACGGCGACAGCUCCUUCUCCGUCGGCUACCUGAGCAAGGACACCGUGUCGUUCGGCUCGACGUCGCUGCCCAACUUCUACUACGGUUGCGGCCAGGACAACGAGGGGCUCUUCGGCCGCUCCGCCGGCCUCAUCGGCCUCGCCCGCAACAAGCUCUCGCUCCUGUACCAGCUCGCGCCAAGCCUCGGCUACUCCUUCACCUACUGCCUCCCGUCGACGUCGUCGUCGGGGUACCUGUCCCUCGGCUCGUACAACCCGGGCCAGUACUCGUACACGCCCAUGGUGUCGAGCUCGCUCGACGACUCGCUCUACUUCAUCAAGCUGUCCGGGAUGACGGUCGCCGGGAGCCCGCUAUCCGUGUCGUCGUCGGCGUACUCCAGCCUGCCGACGAUCAUCGACUCCGGCACGGUGAUCACGCGCCUGCCCACGAGCGUGUACUCGGCGCUGAGCAAGGCGGUGGCCGCCGCCAUGAAGGGGACCUCGCGCGCGUCGGCGUACUCCAUCCUCGACACGUGCUUCAAGGGCCAGGCCUCGCGGGUCAGCGCGCCGGCGGUCACCAUGUCCUUCACCGGCGGCGCGGUGCUCAAGCUGUCGGCGCAGAACCUGCUCGUCGACGUCGACAGCUCCACCACCUGCCUGGCGUUCGCGCCCGCCAGGAGCGCCGCCAUCAUCGGGAACACGCAGCAGCAGACGUUCAGCGUCGUCUACGACGUUAAGAGCAGCAGGAUCGGGUUCGCCGCCGGCGGCUGCAGCUGAGAAUUCACCGACACUUUUCUCCUAAAUUAAUGCGCAACAACGUAUUCGCCAUUCCUUCUCCGAUAGUUAGCUUAUCAAUUCAUCAGCCACACAAGCUUUUACAUUGCAUGAACACAUGAACAAGGUCGUAGGUAAAAAUGAAUUGGUAAAAGUGUUCUGCUCUAGCAUUUAGAUAUAAACAAAACACAAAAACAAAUAUAGUGGUAUUUAAUUUAUGUUGGUGAGGCUGGCCAGGUGGUGCAAAGUAACGUGAAAAGUGGAACAGCAACGACGCCAGAAAAUGAUAAAUACACAAAUCCAGUAGAGGUGACAUUUCUAGCUUAUCAUGUAGUAAUUCUUUGGCAAGUACCGGCCAAAUAUAUGUACUUUGUAAAGGUAAAUUAAUUGUGGAUUGCAUGUAUACCUGCUUCUUCUUUGGUAGUAGUAAGUAGAAAAACUUCAAAACUGUAAGCCAGACAUGCUGUAUUCAUAUAUGUACGUACGUACGUACUUUGGACAAUUAAAUUAAGUUGAUUUAUAUACUCCAAAGGAUUAUAUAUUG